CAGCCGGCGGUCCGCGGUCGUUCCUUCCCGAAGCUUCAGCUCCUGCUUCCUGCGCACCUAGUUCUGCGCAAGUUGCCCAGCACCGACUGUCAGUUGUUGUCUAAGUCCCGGUGUGUACGAACGCUUCGCAGAAUUUCUAGCAGUGUUUUGUUGUGAACAAUCGCGAUAAAUGUACUAAGAAACUCCUGCCACUAUGGGCCUCAAAUGGCUAUUUGUAGUGGCGUGCACGCUAGCAUGCGUGAGCGCCGAUCGCGGUGGAUCAUCGCUGCGAGGUGCGCUUGAAGCGCUGCAGCGGCGCCAGCGCGGCCGUAUGCAUGGACCCAUCCUACCACAACCUGACUACGAUGCCCUCUACGAAUUCGUACCACCGCAAGGAUACCCUGAACCUGACUACGCUGUUGAUGUCGAAGACAUUGAUGAGGAACCUAACCCAAAAUACAUCGUGAAACUUCUAGAUGACAACGAAAGGCCACCUGAGGCUUAUGAAUAUAAACUAAUAAAGAAGAAGAACACGGCCAAUACUGCUGCUAAGAAAGAAUCAGCGUUCCGGGAAAGGAGCCACCACUCCGAUAAUGACCGACUUCGUGAAUUAUUCAUGGAUAAAAAUAAAGGUGAGGAAAAGAAGGAACUUGACGAUGCACCUGACAAUGAUGCUGAGUACGCACUACUCUUGGGACAACUUUGGUCAAAGUACAAAUACAACAAAGAACACGCUAACAAUGUUGAAACUGCACCUCAAGGAGUUGUAAAACUUUAUAAAGAGAAAAUUGUCAAGAAGCGAUAUCCAGAUAAUUGGGGUCCUAUUGCUUUUAAAAGGAAGCGCAGUUCUGAUCCCGACUCUGAUAGGCCGAUAGUAUUUGACUACGAAGGCAGGAAAAGCAGCCCAGGACCAGUAGUAGAUCCUAAUUACAAUGCAUAUGACGUUUCUGAUGAUGAUAAAGAUGAUCUACGUGAAGAAUAUGCCAUCGCAUUCCAGCCACUUGAUGAUGACAGCUUGUCUGAUCUAGCGGAUGAAGAUCAAUACACUUAUGACGCAGUUGAGAAGCGCUUCCCAGUAACAAAACGCAGUAGUGGUUCUUACAACCUCAAUACUCAAAAGAAAAGAUUUGCCCAAAACCAAAAUAAACGUGACACAGCCAAGUCAUUCCGAAGCAGUGCCGGAACUGAUCCCAAACUUAUAAAGGAUCUUUCAAAAAUCUUCGGUGACUCUGAAAUUGAGGUUAUUAAAAAUCCAGUAAAACGUAAUACUGAUCAUGAAGAACACGAGCAUGAAGUUAAGCCACCAAUGCUAACACCCGUACAUAAUUUGACUCAUGAACAUAACAAUACUGCUGUACAUGAUGAUAAUAGCCACGAACAUCAUGGUCACAGCAUUCAUCAUCCAGGAAUUUCUGGUAAAGAAGUAGAGCACACGCAUGAACAUACUCAGGGACACAGCCAUGGGCACGAUCAUGAUCAUACUGAAGAAAAGAAACAGAGCGACCAAGAUAAACCACUUAACAUCCGAAAAAAAUCUAUCGAUUGGUCUGAUUACUUCGGCAUUGACAAGCGUAUUAACAAACAGGUCUCUUUUGUAAAUGGUUUAACUCAGGACAGACUGAGGAAGCAGUACUUUGACACCUUUAACAAAGAAGUAAUUUACCCUGUGAACUCAUUUCGUAAACAUAGCAACGUUAAAAGGAAUUAUGUCGAAACUAAACCCAACGAAGAAACUGAAAUUCAAAUAGAUAGAGCCCAUCUUGCCGUCAAAAAUGACGACAAGAGGAGUGCCACUGAUAAUGAUUCUAAACUUGACAACAUCGACAAGAAGUUACGAAACAUGGAAGGACUAAUUGUGGAUGAAGCUUUACAUUAUUCAAACGUUGGAGAAGAACUCGAUUCUAAGGAGGAGCAAGAGAUGAAGGAGAAGUUGCUGUCUCGUUUAGCUGCUGCUUACAGCUUGGAAAAGAUGAGGAAAGCUUUGAAAGAAUUUAAGCAGAGUCUGCAAAUCCAAAAAACAAAAUCUAAUGCAGCACCGUCUCCGAUUCCCACUGAUGAGGCUAAGGCUAAGCGCGUGGCAGUAAAGAAGGAGAAAGUGGAAUUAAUGACCAAUGACAUUCCUGGAUUUGAGAAGAAUAAUGACUUUGAAGAUGAACAAGGAGCUGGCCAUUACUUGAAUGGAAAAAUUGAGGAGCAGUUCUCCGAAGGUUACAUGGGCGGUAGCGGACGACACCGCAACCCUGUUUUAGCCACAGUUGCUGCAUCUGGAGCCUGUCCGGUUCUUGCCAAGAUUGUACAACGUUGCCGAGGAGUAGACUUGCUGGCAGGAGACCGCGGGCAACUGUUCCUACCGCUCUGCAGCUUACAUCAAAUCUGCUACCUUUGCGGAGAGGCUCCACCAACGACCUGCGACCUGGUAUUCCUUUCUGAAGCCGAUACGACUUGUGAGGGAGACAUGAGUUGCCAGCGAGCUGCUCGCUCUGCGCUGAUGGCUCUGCGGGAACUCCACGACAACCUGGCUGACGAGCUCGACGGAGAGUGCGAGGCCAGUCCCUGCCUGCCAGCCACCCUCAAGCUCAACAUGGGGUGGCAGCGAGCGUUCCAGCGAUAAACUAUCAACACUAAGCAUGCGACAUUACUCAAGGCGAGAAUCACUUCAGCCACGUCACAUUUAAUGGACUAAGGCUUUUCUUCAUGUCUCUCAGCGAGCUGUACUCGUGAUCAGAUGGUAUUAAUGUACUUUCUUUUAAUCGUCACCUAAAGGUAUAUCAUUUCACCAUUAGAAUAACUAAUUAAUCUUUGUUAUUGUAUUCGUACGAGUCUAACCAGCCAUAGACCCGUAGGGAUAUAGAGUUAAGGUUCACACAAAGUUGAUCUCAAUAGUUACGCCAGCUAGAUGUUACUUAUGCGAUAAUUCUACGCUUUCAUUGUUAAAUGUAAUUUGAAAUUAUUAUUAUAUUAUAUUGAACGUUGUAUUGACUUUUGCUAGAUAUGUUUUUGCGAUUGUAUUCCAAGUGUAGUCAACUUAAUGUAUGUGGAUCUUGGGGCAGGAUUAGAUGUGAGGUUUUCAAAAAAUCGAUGUGUUUAUGAAUGUCUUGACUUGAGAUGGUAAAUAUAUUGUUAUUAAGUAUUUACUUACAUAUAUUUGUAUUAAAAUGUGUCCACGUAAGUAUUGAAAUUAAUCAGAAUACUAAGUGUAUAUUAAAUGUAUGUAAUUCCAAAAUAUGAGACUAUUAUAAAUGGGAGUAUAUUCCAGUGUAUUGAGAAAUAUCAUAUAGGUACAUUUUACAUAGAUAUGUACCUCUAUUUAUAUUUAUAUCUAUAUUUUCUAUUCGUUUAAUUAAUAUUUAGGAAUAAAGAAUUGGAAAAGUGAGUUCUAAACAGUAUUGCUUUGUCUGUUGUCCCCCCCAGCCACCAUCUGGCCUGAGAUUGAGAGCGCAUGUACUAAUGUAGCAUGGAACUUAGACUUUACUAGGACAAUAAAUCAUUUGGUUGACACGGGAGUGACGCGGCCCAGCACUGCUGAACCGCCAGCAGUAGCAGGUCUGACGUCACCAAGUGUCUUUUAAAGAGUGGAUACACUCGCUCUCUAAGUCUUCCGAUCAAAAUUUGGCUUCAAAAUGUCCUUUGUACCGAAUCUGACCGCGUUGUUUACAACUCCCUUGCGAAAUUUACAAUGUUUUAUCUCGAAAUUUACAAUAAAUGUUAGUCGGAGUGAUGAGAAUUAGAUAGAAUUAUAUGAAUGUAAUUUAUUAUAAAGAUACUACUGUACGGUAUGUACCGGUCGUUUUAACAACUUGAAUGUUAUCACUUUAUUCAAGUAUUAUUACUAACACCCAAAUAUAAAUGGUUUUCAAUAAAAAA